AUGCCAGUGUUAACUCCUGAAAGACUCAUCAAGUUGGCGUAUUCAUAUCCAGAAUUACACGAUACUUGGUAUUUAUAUACUGUUGCAUGUUUUUCUGAACUUAAUUUAACAUCCGAGAUAACUACCGUUUUACGAUUUGCGUUGAAUCAACAAUUAUUUGAAUUCUGUCCUUAUGAACAAGCAAUAGCAGAUGAAUACGUCCUUCAAUUGGCUACUGAUGUGUUAGAAGGGAAUGAAGAGACUUUGGAAACCGAAUUACCUCCCAGCACUACAGUUGCAACUUGUUUAAAGAGAAGAGACAAUACUCCUGAACCCUGUAAAGUCCGACAACAAACCAUUGUAGACAAACUAAGAGAAGUCCUCCUAAAAACCAGUGUCAUGUCAGGUAUGCCCAAAGCAAUCAACAGUCUAAUCGCCCUCAAAAAUUCCACUCCAUCCCAACUCAUCCCCGCUCCAACCUUCAAACGUGAAUCGAUUCUAAAAACACACCCCGGAGAUCAGCAUGAAUCGUUCAUAGACGGAACCAUCACCCCAGAACGGAUUGAUUAUCAUCAAGUCUCAAAACAAUUAUCUCGUGGGUCGGAUUUUUGGAAUGCGAUAUAUACCAAUCAAAUCAAUCAUCGAAUUAAGAAUCAGUUAAUGGAUGCAUAUCCUGAUUUAUGGAAUUAUAUUUACCAUCAUGUCUAUUCGCCCUUAUUGAGUUUUGUUGAUAUCUUACCACCCAAAGAGACUUCGCUUUCUGCUAUUGCGUGUAUGAUACCCCAAGAUGUGAAUCCUCAGGUGAAGGGGCAUUUAAGAGGGGCCAUGAAUAAUGGUGCGACCAGGGAGGAAGUGAAUCAUGUGAGAGAGAUUGUUCUUGAUAUUUGUGAUUGGAAGGGUGGUGUGGUAUGGAAAGAGGGAAAGGAAAGUGUUCCAAUGUUGUGA